AUGGCUCCCAAGGCAAAGGCUGCUGCUGCCCCAGCGGCGCACGGCUACGAAUUCGGCGGCCCGCUCGGCGCCGCGGGUAUCUCGUUUGGUCUCCCCAUCCUCUGCUACAUCUUUACCUUUGCGUGCAACGACAUCUCGGGUUGCCCCGCACCCUCACUUCUGAGCCCCAAGACGCUCUCCAUCGAGCAGCUCCAGCGCGAGAUAGGCUGGCCCAAGAAUGGCAUCUACGGGCUCGCCAGUUGGCAAGCCAGCGCGGCCAUGGCGGCAUACUACCUCUUGAACCUGGUUCUCUACCGUGUCCUGCCCGCGAUUGAGUCCAAGGGCACCGUGCUCGCCACUGGCGGUCGCCUCAACUACCGCAUGAACACUCUAUACUCAAACACGCUUACGCUGUCGCUUCUCGCCGCCGGAACCCUCGCGCAGGGUGCUCAGUUCCCUGUCUGGGUCUUUAUCAGCGAAAACUACCUGCAGCUUCUCACGGCGAGCAUAAUCAUCUCAUACGCCAUCGCGACAUUUGUCUAUGUCCGCAGCUUUAGCGUCAAGAUGGGCAACAAAGACAACCGUGAGCUUGCUGCCGGCGGCCACUCCGGGAACCUUCUAUAUGACUGGUUCAUUGGCCGCGAACUCAAUCCCCGUGUCACCAUUCCUAUCAUUGGCGAGGUGGACCUGAAGGAGUGGUGCGAACUUCGUCCUGGCAUGAUGGGUUGGAUCAUCCUCAACUGCGCUUGGUGCGCCCAGCAGUACCGCAACUAUGGUUACGUCACUGACAGCAUCAUAUGCAUCACCGUCGUUCAAGCUCUGUACAUUUUUGACUCGUGGUGGUUUGAGCCUGCCAUUCUCACCACCAUGGACAUCACUACUGACGGCUUUGGAAUGAUGCUUGCCUUUGGUGAUCUGGUCUGGGUUCCCUUUGUGUACUCGCAGCAAACCCGCUACCUGUCUCUUCACCCGUUAUCGCUCGGACCUGUCGGACUGGUUGCCAUGCUCUCCUUGAUUGGACUCGGCUUUUUCAUCUUCCGCUCCGCCAACAGCCAGAAGAAUGCUUUCCGCACCAACCCAAGCGACCCGAGCGUUGCUCAUCUCAAGUACAUUCAAACCAAGACUGGAAGCAGACUUCUCACCAGUGGCUGGUGGGGUGUCGCUCGCCACAUCAACUAUCUGGGAGACUGGAUCCAGUCAUGGCCCUAUUGCCUUCCGACUGGACUAGCUGGCUACCAGAUUAUGGCCGCCGGCAGCCUGGCCGAAGAUUCUGUCGGCGCUUUCAUCAUGUCCGACGGUCGUCAGGUCAUCCAGGGUAGUGCCAAGGGUUGGGCCAUUCCCAUUACCUACUUUUACGUGGUCUACUUUGCCGUGCUCCUAAUCCACCGCGAUCGCCGAGACGACGAAAAGUGUCAUCGCAAGUACGGUGAUGACUGGGAAAAGUACAAGGAGGCUGUCCGCUGGAGAAUCAUUCCCGGCAUUUACUAA